GUUGAUCAGUUGUUGUUGGAAUCAAAUGAGCGACUCAAGGCACAUCUUCAAGAACGUAUGCUUUCUUUGGACCAGAAACAAGAACUUACCGGGGAAGUUGAGCGCAUUCGUCGCCAGUUGGAAACGGUAAUCGCUGAGAAGGAAUGCGGUUUGUUGGCAGCGAACCGUUUACGGAAACAAUUGUCCGAGUUGGCCGCGGCAUUCAGACAUACUCAGGCUCAACUGGUAACCGCACAAUCCACGGCCGCGGCAGCGAAUGCUGCUAUUCUGGCAUUGACCCGGGCAAGUGGUGAGCAUCCAAACGUUGUGAUGACCGCCAGGCCGGAUACGAUUCAGGAACCAGUAACCAGUCUAACACCGAUCAGUCAGAAAGCUACCAUAACGGAAGGUUUAGCUCAUGGAACUGAGCUGGGUCUGUCUCCUCAACUUCUCACCCAAGCGGUCCCUAAUGUAUGGAUAUCUCCAGCGGAAAAUCUGACAACGGAAAAACCUGUUACUGUGUACACAACACCUGGUCUUAAUUAUGCCGCUCCUAGCACGGGAUUGGAAACGGUAGAUCAACAAGUAGCCCAGGAGUUGAACAAUUUCUUCCUCUCACAAGUGGGCUAUCAAGUUACGGACGAUAAAGUCCCUCCUGGUCCGGAUGGUACCAACCAACCAUUGAGCCAAUUAGCCCAAUUUAUUGAAAAAUCGAUGGAAGAGUCGAUUCAACCAUUAACUCCAUUUGAGGCCACAGGAACGAGUGAUGCACAAUCCUUGGCCUUCAUGCUUCAAACCCAGUUAGACGCCAUCAACUCAGAAAUACAAAUGAUUCAGCAAGAGAAAGAAAACACCGAACUUCGUGCGGAAGAGCUUGCACAUCGAGUGCAGUCCCAAACAGAAGCCACAAUGGACACGCAAAACCGGCGUGCAUAUCAAUCUGGAUACGAGAAGGGGUUGUCUCAAAGUGGACCAAGCCGGAUUUCGGACACCGGGUCUGGUCCCAAAAAGACUCGUUUGGACGGGCAGAUGGCGACAGAUCGAUUUGAUGAAACGAUGCAUCCGGAAUGUGGUCAAUACGGUCUUGAGCCAGAGCAGACAAAAUCCGGCAGAGAGAAAGGACUUCUGUUGCCUCGUGGACCGCGUAUUACGCCCACACACUCGGGCGCACGGUCCUGUGCACAAAGUGGACACAUGGAUAUGACAGAUGAUCGCCAAAAACUGUCCCAACAGCAACAGCAACAACAAAAGGCAGCCCAACAGCAUCAAUUGAUGUCUUCGCAAUUUGAGCAGCUGCCCGCCGGGGUCCCCCAUUCUUACCACACACAUAUGCGUGUUCCAAUGCACGACUAUUCUGUGGAUCACACCAAAACGAAUUCAACAACCCAACCCAGAUUUGGAUAUCAGAUGCAAUCACGUCCGAUGGGACCAGAUUCUUCCGUGCGUUCACAUAUGGUAAUGCGUCCUAUCCCCGGUUACCCCCCUGCCGGUCUGACGGAACCGCUCAGUAUUGUUACCAGCAGUCGGGAAAGUGAACGCAAGAGAUCCAUUUUUGGAACCCUGGGCCGAAUGUUUAAAAAACCGUCAACUACUGCCUCAGAGGAAACAUACGGACCCAAGAGUGAUGGCACCGGGACUGGUCAGACUGCACAACCGGUCACCACAGUCGCAUGGAGUCAUCAGUAUCCAACUUCUCUUCCAAUGGAAUCAUACUUUCAUCCGCAUUUACAUGCACACAACCCGUACUACAUGCAUCCGUUGUACGCUUAUCAACACAAUCAUAAACUAAUAAAUCCACACACGCGAAUGACAUACCCGGGCAAAUACCCCAUCCCACCCAAUGCUUGGCCAACGGAAGUCCUGUCCGGAUACGGAUCAAUGGAUCACUUUCCGCAUCAUGUGCAUCCGAUGGGACAGCAUCUGCAAGAUGGACCGUCUCGUUAUAGUCCACGCCCAGUCGGUCAGCACCAGCCAACACAGUCCACAAGACCGGGAUCUGGUCGAAUGACUGGACAAUUGCCGGGUGCUUGUUUGUCCAACGCUAGUCGAACCGUGGACAUUACUUCUCAGUCGCACCCUGGAAUCAUGGGCACGGAAAGAACAACAGGUUCUACGUUAACUACAAGUCGCGCGGGAACGUUACCCAGAGAAGACAGGACUACGAAGCAGAUUGAUGAAAUGGGCUACAAAUCCAGCAAAGAUCUGCUUGAGGCGGCUAUACAAGCUCAAAAACCAUUCACGUCGUGGACUGGUCCGAUCCUGGUAACCUGGCUAGAACGCUGGGUCGGAAUGCCAGCCUGGUAUGUAGCUGCGUGCAGGGCCAAUGUUAAAUCCGGUGCGGUAUUGGCAUCUCUGUCCGAUCAAGAUAUACAAAGAGAACUGGGAAUAAGCAACCCGUUGCAUCGUCUCAAACUUCGACUGGCUGUGCAAGAAAUGCUAGCGUUUACCGCUUCAUUGACCAAUCCAUCCGGUGGGACCACAAACGAUCCACUAUCACGCUCUCUGUCCCGUCUGCAUCUGGCAUCUCCUCUGAUACAGGGUGAACUGAAUCACGAAUGGGUCGGGAACAUUUGGUUACCCAGCCUGGGUCUUGCCCAGUACCGUCCAGCGUUUAUGGAGUGUCUGGUCGAUGCACGAAUGCUCAGUCAUUUGACCAAACGUGAUUUACGAGUUCAUCUGAAAAUGAUCGAUCAGUUUCAUCGAUUGAGUCUGUACUAUGGAAUCAUGUGUCUCAAGCGACUGGAUUACGAUCGUAUCGAAUUGGAAAAGCGACGCGAUGCGUGCACAUCAAAUGAUACCGAUUUGCUUGUGUGGAGUAACGACAGGGUCAUCCAUUGGAUCAAGCAAAUCGGGCUGGAUGAGUACGCCGAGAAUCUGAUAGACUCCGGGGUCCACGGCGGUCUAAUGGCUCUCGAUCCAGAUUUUAGCAUGGAAACGCUGGCCACAAUAAUGCAAAUUCCGUCACAUGAUCAUCAAACCAGGCAGAUUCUGGAAAAACAUCUCCUCAAACUGUUAUUGCCGUAUCGAUCGAGCACACGAAGUGAGCUUAUCAGUUCGCCCAAACCACUGCCGGAAGAAAGCACUGCAGUAGCUUGGCUAAAAUCGGGAGAACAUUCGGAACCGGGAUAUUAUGACAACCAACCUGAUCCGCAACCGAUCAACCUAAACGCAGAUCGGAAUCGUCGAGAACCGGUUGAUCAGAACAAAGAUAGCGCACCACCGCCUAUUCCCGUUCGCGGUCAAACUGCCUAUCAAUCAACAAGGGGGCCAAAUGCGAGUCAAGAAUAUCGAACUUAUCAAGGAACAGGAAAUCAAUCGAUCACCUCACCAAAAAUGAGAGCGCCGAAUAAAUUGCACAACACAAUGGGUGGUGGUCCCGGCGGUGUUGGGGGGAGCAUCACAAGCUCUCAGAAUCAUUAUGCUCAAGGAAAGCCACAUGUAUUAUCUUCGAAUCGAUGA